GGGAGCUCAGCGUACUACGUGUCCCGUGAGCCUCCGCGACGGGACACGGCUGGGCCGGGGCGACGCGAGGAGGCGGAGUGGAACUGGAUUAAAUGUAUGGAAAAAGAAAAAAUUAAUGAUAAAAUAACUAAGUUUUGUAACAGUGCAAUGGAUUCUUCAGUGGAAAACAGUAUGUAUAUAAACAGAGUAUGGGUUCAAUGUGAAAAUGAAAGUUGUUUGAAAUGGAGAUUAUUGUUAAGUGAGGAUGCAGCCAAAGUUGAUCACAGUAAACCAUGGUAUUGCUUCAUGAAUGCUGACUCAAGAUAUAAUCAGUGUUCUAUUUCUGAAGAAGACUUUCCUGAAGAGACUCAGCUUCAUCAAAGUGGAUUUAAGAUUGUUUAUUCACAGCUCCCUCUUGGAAGCCUGGUUUUGGUAAAAUUACAAAAUUGGCCAAGUUGGCCAGGAAUACUUUGCCCUGAUCCAUUUAAAGGUAAAUAUGUGACUUACGACCUGGAUGGAAAUGUCGAACAAUAUCACAUAGAAUUCUUGGGUGAUCCACAUUCAAGAUCAUGGAUAAAUGCAACAUUUGUUGGACAUUAUAGUAUCACAUUAAAGCCAGGAAAAUGUACAAAUAAAAAGAAGUGGUAUAAAAGUGCACUUCAAGAAGCAUAUCUAUUCUAUGGAUAUUCUCAUGAGCAAAGACUGGAAAUGUGCUGCCUAUCAAAGCAGGAUAAAUCCAAAGCAGAUGCCAAAGUUUCUGUGGUGGCCAAGAAAAGGAUGCAAGUUUCCAAAACUAAUAUUGAAAAGAAAAAGCCCAAACUUAGAAAAAGAAAAAGGAAAGCUAUUCUAAAAUGCUCUUUUGAAAAUGUUUGUUCAGAUGAUGCCUUAUCAAAGGAAAGCAUGGUUGUUUCUGAGACAGAAGUUUUACUAAAAGAGCUGGAGCAAAUGCUACAGCAAGCCCUAGAGCCCACAGCAAUACCUGAUGAGUCUGAAGAAGAAUGUGGAGAAGAAAUUAAUGCAAGAGAAAAGUUAUCUAAAGGCAUCCCUGAAGCUCCUGCAGGCAGCCCAUUUCAAAAUCAACAUGAAGAGGACUAUCUUGUAAUUGAUGGAAUGAAAUUAAGAGCUGGAGAAUGUAUUGAGAAUAUAACUAAUAAGUUUAAAGAAAUAGAUGCCUUGAUGUCUGAAUUUUAGGGUGUUACGCAUAUUUUCAGAAGUUAAUUGGGAAAACAUUGGUAUUUUUCUGAAGCCAGAAAUUUUAAAAUGUUUGGUAAAAUAGGUAUACAUUAUAUACGAAAGUUGAUAUUUAUAACAACUUUGUACUUUAAAUUUUGAAAAUAUCCAUAGUUAUGAGAGCCAAACAAAUUGUAUUGAAGUUAAGAGUUAGAAUUUUUAAAUUAAAGAAAAGCCUUAUUUUCUUA